GCGGGAGUCUAUUUGUGGUUUUGAUCACAUUAAAAUAUUUAAUUAAUAUACAUAAUAUAUUUAUUACUUUACCAUGUUGCAUGAAGAAUCACACAUUAUUCCACCACGUCAGGGUGACGCUUUAACUUAUUUAAGAACCUGUAAUGCUCUGGAUCGCCUAAAAAACUCGAUAUGUUGUCAGAAAUGGUAGGCCUAGCUUAGUAAAUUUAGUUAGUUAGCUAUACUAUACUUAUAAACUUAUAGACUAUACUACUACUAAAAUAAUGGCAAUCAAAGCUGAUUCUGAUGCCUAUACUAUUACUAUUACUAUUAAUACUCCCAUUGGCAUUAGGUUAUUACUAUAUAUUUAUAUAUAGCGAUACAAAUCAAUACAACUAUUUAUUUUAAUUGCCAUAAACUUUAAACCAGUGGUUGGAAAAUAGCAGCUCUUUAGUGACUGAGUGCGGCUCGGCCAGUAAAUUGGUUUUAACUAGCAGGUGCUGGCAAGUGGGUGUUGGUCGGGCUGAUGUAGCACGGAGGUCCAGUGUAUGUUGCGCGGAAUUACGUGGAGUUACGUGAAAACACAAGUUGGCUGGUUUUGAGUUAGCGGUAAGGCCCAUGAUGUGUUCCACGAUAUAUAGAUCUCGGAGGUGCCACCAGCUCCAUUUCCGUCUAAAGCGCCGUCUACAGUGCCAUACGAAAAGGAUUUCGAUGUUGUUAUUUACAAUUACAUGGUGCAACUUCUUGUUUUCUUAUUUUAUAUUUUUUGUUUUAACCGGGGAGGGGUCUUUUGUUUUAACCGGGGAGGGAUCCCCCCUCCCCAAAGAAUUUCUAUAUUUUGGUAUUUGAAGCAAAGGGAGGGGUUUGGGAAGGGGUCUUCCCUCCCCAGUUCUUAGAAGAUCAUUCCAAAUGCAAUUUAAGCAGUAGUCUUCCUUUUGUUACCAAAGUUUAAACAUAUGGGCAUGGGUAAUUUGAUUUCAAUUUCAACUACUAUGCAAAAUACAGCAGUUUUGGCGGGCAUAAUUUUUUUCACCGGUCUUGGGGUAUCAGCAAGGAUGUGUUUCUUUUUUCCUUCCUUUUGAAACGUGUAAAGUGACUUUAAAUACAAAUUAAUGGAAAGUUUCAUUUCAAUAUACUUCAUAUUAACCCUAUUGUUUAUGAUGCGAUUUAUGCUCAAUAAAGAACAGAAAUGUUAUAACACAUAUAUGGUUGUCUUUGUAUUUGUAAUUUCAUAUGCACUAUGUCUAUGACUAUGCUGCCUGUGCCUUCUCUUCUACUUCGACAAAUAAAAAUUAUAUUUAUCUUAUCAUUUAGGCCUAUUUACUUCACAAAAUAUCUAGUAUUAUCCACCCCAUGUCCACUACUGAGUACUUGUAAUAUACAGAAAAUAUUUACUAACAUUAGACUACUUUCAUGCCCGCCAGAUAUUUUGCAAGAAGGGUUGGUAGGGGUUAAUUAAUUAGCCUAUAAAUGUGACUUUUAGUUUAUUAUUAUUCUUUCGUAAUACUUGUUAGUACUUUUAGUCACCUGAUCCCUUUAGCCGACAUUGGUUGGCUAAUUCCAAUUACUAUAUUGAUGGAACCAGCUUUUUAAAAAAACUACAAGAGAAGUGAUAAAGAUUUACUACACCAAUUCUAAUUCUAUCAUCACAUUCAUGGGCUGGUUUAAAAAGAAAUCCUACUUUCAGCUUUUAUUAAAGUGGCUUUUAAAAUGAUGAUUUUGACACAUUGGCACCAUGCAUAAUUAUUAGAACACACAGACUUCAUGCAGAGUAAAUCAGUAAUAAGAUUAGGCCUGUUGUUAGAUAUUCAUUUAAUUUAUACUUACAUUAUGUUAAGGGAAUCCUUGACCCUAUUCCCUAACCCUAAUUCCUGACCCUAUUCAUUGACUCUAUACCCUCACCAUAAUCCCUAUUCCCUAACCCUAACAACUUUUAAAACUUAUUUUUUUAUAGCUUCAAUUUUUGUGAGGAACUCUUUUCUUUAGGACAGUGUGAACAUCGGCUCUGUCGGUAAUUAUUUUUAUUUAGUAUUUUAGUUACCGGUAUGUCAACAAAAUAUCCUGUGACUAGUUACAGGUUAAUGAUUUUUACUAAAAGUACUUUAAAAAAUAUAUUUAAAUGCCUUUAAAUUAUAAAUGGCCUCAUAAUGUCGGCUCUAUUUUUGGUAAAAAAAAAAUUAAAAAUUUAAUAUAAACAGUACACAUUUAUUUUUGUCCCUUUAUGUCUACUUAUUUUCAAGUACAAGUAUGAAAUAGACCUAUUGCAGAGAGGUGAUUUUUUUCUUGUUGAAAUUUUAAUUUUCAUACUUGCUAUGGAUAAACUUUAAAUAGAGUGAGGUGUGAUGUAAAGAGACACAAUAGAGUGAGGUGUGUUGUAAAGAGACACAAUAGAGUGAGGUGUGUUGUAAAGGGACACAAUAAAGUGAGGUGUGAAGUAAAGAGACACAAUAGAGUGAGGAGUGUUGUAACGAGACACAAUAGAGUGAGGUGUGUUGUAAAGAGACACAAUAGAGUGAGGUGUGUUGUAAAGAGACACAAUAAAGUGAGGUGUGCAGUACAGAGUCUCUUAUCUCACUCCACACAUGUAAAGGGAAACAAUAAAGUGAGGUGUGAAGUAAAGAGACACAAUAGAGUGAGGAGUGUUGUAACGAAACACAAUAGAGUGAGGUGUGUUGUAAAGAGACACAAUAGAGUGAGGUGUGUUGUAAAGAGACACAAUAAAGUGAGGUGUGAAGUAAAGAGACACAAUAGAGUGAGGUGUGUUGUAAAGAGACACAAUAGAGUGAGGUGUGUUGUAAAGAGACACAAUAGAGUGAGGUGUGUUGUAAAGAGACACAUGUGUGUCUGAGACACACAUUUUUUUCUUAUUUAGGUAAAUGUUGCUGUAUUUUUUAAAAAGAAUAUAAAUUUUACAUUACACAUUUUUUUCUGCAGUCUGUGUGCCAAUAAAUGUCAUGGGAAAUCAUGUCCAGUUUGUUCAAUGCCAUCACGUUUCAACCAAGUUAAUAUUGAUAAACAACUCUCUCACAUGGCAGCCCUUUGUAUGCAGAUGUCAAACCUAUUAGAUGGUAAUUAUAAUUUACAGCCUUUUGAGAUAGAGAUCAUAUAUUUAUGAAAAGAAUUUGAAGAUAUAGUUUUUAACUAUUCAGAAGCAGGGUUAUUGUGAAAUUUAAAUUUGCAAUAAAUGGUUGCAGUAUGUUAUAUUAUACUUUGAAGUCAUAGCAAAUUUUAAAAAGAGAAUAACAAUCAAUAACCUUCACAUAGUUAAAAUUGCUGAAUAUAACGUAACAUGCACUCACUGUGAAAAAUAUAAUAGCUAUAACAUUAUCACUACAAUUAUUUUACUGCAGCACAGUUUUGACUUCACAGUUCGUGCUUGAAAAAUUAAUGUACUUGCUUAAGCCUUUUUUGACAAAGAUUAUUGAGCUAAAAAGGGAACUUAUCAAAAGUCCUUUUUUUCUUAAUUGGUUUUUAACCAACUAAUCGCCUAACCUAUUUUGGACAAAAUGGGCUCUCCUGCCUAAACUUUUAGAUAUGACCCCAUUUUAAAGUAUAUAAUAUGUUAUUUUUAACAAAAUUAAAAAAUAAAAAAAAACAUGAAAUGUCAUUGUUUAUAUUUUUAUUAAAUUAAGUAUAGAAAUGAAUGAAAUUUUAUAAUAAAAAAAAAAUAUAGCUAAUUAAAUUAGAGAUAAACUUUCAGCUAAAAUCUAUUAUUUAUAUUAAUUAUGGUCAUUAUGGCUGAUAUAUCAACUAUAAGAUCAUCACUUCAACUUUCUACAUUAAUUUUUAAUAAAUUCUACAUCCAUCAGUUUGAUUUUGUUCAUCUAAACUUCUCAGUCAAGUAAACUUAGCAUGUUGUCACAUAUGAGCUUGAAAUCAAUGCUGAGCUUUGAAGUCUCGUAACUUUUAAUGAAAGAAUAUGAAACCAUCCAGAUUUUUUUUUUUUUAAAAAGCAUCAGAGUAAAUUUUUUGCAGACGAAUGUAUAGUAAUUGAGUUGCUAAUCACCCCGAGCAAGUGUCAUAUGUUACAAUCCGCCCGACAUGUGUUUUAGGCAGGCAUUAUUGCCAAUUUUGGGAAGCAGCAGCGGGCACUAAUGGCAGGAGAGGAUUAAUUUCUAGUUUUUGUCAGGAUUCCUUCUUGAUGAAUCAUAAAUUUAUUGGGUGUAAAGAGAUCUCUUUCUUAAUCCAUUAAAUAAUUUUUAUUAGGAAAAUGUUUGAUAGCUGAGAAAACAGAUUGUGAUGCAACACUAGAGCAGCUCCCAGCCCAGCAGGAUAACACAACAGAAAAAAACACUAGCCAGCAAAAGGGAAAUAGUAAUCAGAAAACCAAAGUUCCAAAGAAGGCGAUGAUUAAACCAACACCUGAAGCUCAGUCCAGGGUUAAGCAUAAAAAUGGUAAAAAGAAAGAAUUAUAUUCUGUUAAAGAAAAAAAUGAACCAGCAACAAAAUUUGCAAGCAAGCAAAAAAUGAGAACAGAUGUGAAUAAAACUGAGCUACAGACUUACAGCCCUUCUUUAUGCUGUGAUAGAGCUGAAAAAUCAGCAGCAGAAUCACGUGGUGAAACAUCAGUUCUAGAAAAUAACCUUGAAUCAUCCUUUGAAAGCAAAGAGCUUCUCAACACAUCUGCCAGUAGCAAUAAGAGAAAGCGUAAGUCAUAUCUGGCAAAGCGAAAUGCUAAAGGAGAAACACCAUUACAAGUAGCAACGAUUAAGGUAGGUCCACUUUUUCAAAUUUUGAAGAAGAAAAUUACUUUGGCUUAUGUGCUUUGUAUUUCAUCCCCCAAAAAUUGUGCUUUUGAUCCACUUAGAUACAAAAAAAGGUGGAAAGUCUUUUUUUUAAAAAUAAGUAAACCUUACUGUGAAUUGCCAUGAACAGAAUCAUAAGAAACAAAUAAAAGUUUAUGUCAUUUUCAGUGACUAGGAGGAUGAUAUUUGUUACUGUUAGUAAUUCAUUUAUAUUUGUUUACAGUUUGAUGUAGAAAGAGUGACAAAACUGUUGGAGGAUGGAGCCAAUCCUAAUGUCAGAGACUAUGCUGGCUGGACACCUUUGGUGAGUCAUACAAAAUGCUUAGUUUAUUGUCAUAUUAAUGCCUAAGAUGGCUGAAAACAAAACCUACCUAUCUUUCAAAACCUUUUUUGACAGAACAUUUUUGCUUUUAGGCUUAAGUAAAGGAAGGCUUUUAUUAAACUCUUAGGAUUGUGAUAUUUUGCAAAAUGAGGCCAACUUAUUGAAUAGGAAAUCUUCUCUAGCACGAAGCAGUAAACCAUGGCAAAGCUGAACUAGCUGAGCUGUUGAUAAAAUAUGGAGCAUCUGUGAAUGCUCCAGGACUUAACAAUGACACUCCACUUCAUGAUGCUGUUAGCAACCACCAUAUAGAUUGUGUGAAACUGCUUGUUGACAAAGGGGCAAACACCCAAGCAAGGUAAUCAAUUAUGGUAUUUUUACAUUUUGGGCAAGGUGGAUAUUUUUUUUACAUUAGCAUUAUUGAUAUUAGCAUUCAUCAUAAAGAUCUUUUAACAUUACUUAUUCAUUUAAAUAUAUAAAAUAAAUAUUGUUUUCAAUGCAGAAAUCUUCAUGGCCGAACACCUCUAGAUAUUGCUGUGACAGAUGAAAUAAGAAAAAUUCUAUUUGAAAACACGACAUCCAUAAUUCCCCUUUCCAUUAAUGCAGAGGUUUGUGGUACUAAAUUUAAUUGAUUUCAUCAAAUAAUUUAAAAGAAAAAGAAGAUUAUGUUUCAAAAUCAUAUCAAGAGCUUGGGAAAAAAGAUUAUCUUACUCAUGAAAAUAUAUCAAAAUGAAAUCAGAUGUGGAGAAUAUGUUCAUAUCUUUAUUUUCUGGAAUAUCAUCUAAAUUCCAAAUGGUAUACAGUCUUUUUCAUUUUCCAACACUUAAAAUAUAUUUAUUUGCAUUAAACUGUUUAAAAGCGUGGCUUUAACAUUAGCUUAAAGCAUGGAUAUAACAUUGGCUUGAGGUUUUAUGCUAAGUAUUUAUAUCAAGCAAUAACCAGGUCAUCAAAUUUUGCCUUUUAAUCUCUGCAUCAAAUCCAAAUCUGUUUCAUCAAAUCUGCUCACAGGUUAAAGAAGUUGAGCAAUCUUUGUAUUUUAUGGGAACUGCCUUGUCUAAAGACCAACAAUUAUUGUUAAAAAGGUGUGCCACUUUCCUCCAUGCUAAAAUUGUUGAAAACUUCAGUCCAGAAGGUUGGUAGCUUUUUAUGUGUUCAUGAGCUGUCAACAAUGCUUUUUUUGCAAAUAGUGUAAUCUAAAGGUACAGUGGAGAACAUUUCCUUUUUUUUCCCCCUUACAGUGACUUACAGAAGGAAAUUUAACAAUAACAAGCAAAUCACUUUUAAUAUUGAUCUAACAGGAUAUACACUUUUUUUCUCUUCAUUUCUGUUACUUUUAUUUAUAUUGCCUAAUUUUCAAGUAUGUUAAAUGAAGAUUCUUAGUAUUAUGUAUCAAGCUAAAGGCUUGGUAUCUUUAUUAAUUAGUUUACAUUUUUUGACACUUGCUUUUGUAAAUGCAUACGUUUUUAAAAAAUUCCAGUUACACAUUUGGUUACUGGAGUAAAUGCUGAAGGAAUGUGUCCCAGAACUCUUAAAUAUUUGCAUGGUGUUUUGGCGGGUAAAUGGAUUGUAAGCACAGAUUGUAGGUGGAUUUUUUAAAACCUAUUUAACACUCAUUGUUCUUAAACUUAAUAUAUAAUUAAUUUAAGCUAUUGCAUUAAUUGCAACUGAUAACAUAUUAUAAGUAGGUACUUUAAAUGAAAUAUUUAUAAUGAAAUUAAAUAAUGUUUAACGGCUGCCCCCCCCCCCCGCAUGGAGGUAGGCUUCAUCAGAGAAGAACUUACCAAAUUAACUAUGUCAUGUAUCUUAAAUUUUCAGAAAGUUAUGAUAAAUUAAAAAACUAUGUAGUAAACUUACCCAUUCCUCUAUUCAUACCAUUAUACAAAUUGGUUCUAAGUAUUUGACUGUAUUUUUCACACAAAAAUAUGUAAACAAAUUAAUUUUUUUAUAUCAGGGCUAGUAAGUUGCAUAGAAAACUGUAAUUUGAUCUCUGAAGACAAAUUUGAAGUGAAAGGUUGCUGCUCAAUGAAAAAUUCACUAGGACCCCAGAAAGGCAGAUUAAAUAGGCUUCAGCAGGUAAGCUAGACCAUAAUUUUUGUAUCCAGGUUAUCUUGUAAUACUUGUACAAGAAAUUUGUCACAUAUCAAAAUAUCAAUAACAUAAAAAUGGCUUUUAAAAAAAAAAGGUUUUAACAUGUUUUUAAAUCCCAUUUAUUCUGCUAAAGCAAUAAAAAGAAAGUGAACCUUAAAUUUAAGGAAUAAAUGAAAGCAAUUAGUUUUCUUUCAAGUCAGUUGGAUUAUUUAAAACUUUUAAAGAACUUGGAAUGUUAUAUUUUUAAACUUGAAAGUAUAUUUCCAUUUAAAUCACAGCAUAGAAAUUUUUUAGGAAGUAGAUUAAUUAACUCUUUGCUCUCUCUCUUUUUUUUUUUUAAAGCUUCCUGGUUUGUUUGAUGGCUGCCAGUUUUAUUUUCAUGGUAAAUUCAAUUCACCCACACCUUCACGAGAGGAGUUAGUGAGCCUUGUAAGACUAGGAGGGGGAGUUCUCCUCACCCGAGAGCCUCGACUCUAUAACCUUGAUGAUUACCCAUAUACCAUCCCUUACCAUGCCUCAGGCAGCAGCUCUUUGGCAGAUUGUGCCAUUUUUGUUGUGUAUGAUGAUCACUGUCCUAAUCCACCAUACACUGAAGCUCAAAGAAUGUCAUAUCUCCCAGCCUCUUGGCUUUUAGACUCUGCUGCUGCAUUUACUCUGUUGGAUAAGUUUUUGUACUUAAAGCGUUGAUGGAGCUUUGCCCAACUUCAAGACAUUUAUAUUUUACAGCAAGAUUUAAAAAAGACUGGUUCUGUUAUAAUAGUUUAUAAAUUUGUGGGGCAUAUUUAAUAAGAAAUAUUGUCAUAUAGGGUUUGUCAUAUCUAAGAUCGGAAAAUUUCACAUCGCAUUACUCAAUGUUACUAUUUUUAGACAAGGUUUUUGUAAAACAUAGCUGUCAGCAAUGAAUUUCUGCUUAUUUAUAUCUAGUAGUAACAAUUACUUAUGGCAAAACGGAAUACCUGGAUCUUUUAUUAUUAUCAUUCCGCCAUGUAAUAACAUUGGCCAAACUGAAUGUUCUUUAGUAGAUUCCGGCAUUAAAUGACAAACCCUAUACUUUUAAAUUAAAAUCUUUAGUAGUUAAAAGAUUUUAACAUACUUUUUUAUAUUCAUUUACUUAUACUGGCC